CCCGGGGGCCGGUCCCUGCCAGGAGCUGCAGGCUGGCGUGGCUGGGAAGAUGUCAGCGCAGUGCCCCGAGCCUAGGCCAGGAGGGUCGCAGGGCCAGUCCCCAGGGCCAGGCAGGCAGUGUCCCCCUCCUGCCCCGCCUGCCCGCUGGAGCCUGCCCCGGUGGAGGGCCUACGUGGCUGCCGCCGUGCUCUGCUACAUCAACCUCCUGAACUACAUGAACUGGUUCAUCAUCGCAGGAGUGCUGCUGGACGUACAGACGUUUUUCCACAUCAGUGACAGCGAUGCUGGUUUGCUUCAGACUGUCUUCAUCGGCUGCCUGCUGCUGUCUGCACCCGUGUUUGGCUACCUGGGUGACCGACAUAGCCGGAAGGCCACCAUGGGCUUCGGGAUCUUGCUGUGGUCAGGAGCUGGCCUGGCUGGCUCCUUCAUCCCACGCCAGUAUGCUUGGCUCUUCUUCCUGUCCCGGGGCACCAUGGGCACUGGCUCCGGCAGCUACGCCACCAUUGCACCCACUGUCCUGGGCGACCUCUUUGUGAGGGACCAGCGCACCUGCGUGCUGGCCGCCUUCUACAUCUUCAUCCCCGUGGGAAGUGGCCUGGGCUAUGUGCUGGGGUCGGCUGUGACGGCGCUGACCGGGAGCUGGCGCUGGGCCCUCCGAAUCAUGCCCUGCCUGGAGGCCGUGGCCUUGAUCCUGCUUAUCCUGCUGGUUCCAGACCCACCCCGGGGAGCUGCGGAGACGCAAGGGGAGGGGUCUGCAGGAGGCUCCAGGAGCAGCUGGUUCAAAGACGUCAGAUACCUGGGGAGAAACUGGAGUUUUGUGUGGCUGACCCUCGGCGUGACCGCCAUGGCCUUUGUGGCCGGAGCCCUGGGCUUCUGGGCCCCCAAGUUUCUGCUGGAGGCGCGCGUGGUCCACGGGCUGCAGCCUCCCUGCUUGCAGGAACCGUGCAGCAACCCCGACAGCCUGAUUUUUGGGUCACUGACCAUCAUAACCGGCGUCAUUGGGGUCAUCUUGGGGGCAGAAGUUGCGAGGAGGUACAAGAAAGCCAACCCAAGAGCUGAGCCCCUCAUCUGUGCCUCCAGCCUGCUCGCUGCAGCCCCCUGUCUCUACCUGGCUCUCGUCCUGGCCCCGACCAACCUGCUGGUGUCCUAUGUGUUCCUGGCCCUUGGAGAGCUGCUUCUGUCCUGCAACUGGGCGGUGGCUGCUGACAUCCUGCUGUCUGUGGUGGUGCCCAGGUGCCGGGGGACAGCAGAGGCACUCCAGAUCACGGUGGGCCACAUCCUGGGAGACGCCGGCAGCCCCUAUCUCAUGGGACUUAUAUCUAGUGCCCUGCGGGCCAGGCGCCCCGACACCUACCUGCAGCGCUUCCUCAGCCUGCAACAGAGCUUCCUGUGCUGUGCCUUCGUGGUCGCCCUUGGGGGCGGAUGCUUCCUGCUGACUGCGCUGUACCUAGAGAGAGACUGGGCCCGGGCCUGGCAGCCUGGCACAGGGACCCCAGACAGCAAGGAUGUGGACAGCAAGGACCUGGAGAGACAAGCCCUGCUUUCUGGCACCGGGGCCUCCACAGAGGAGCCCUGAGGUGCCCGCCUGCACCCACCCCGCCUGCACCCACGCCACCUGCACACCUCCCGCCCGUCCCCAUGGUAGCAAUGCCUCCGUUCCUCUUUGGCUGUCCUCAGCGACUCCCGCUGAGGCGCAUCUGCCACGUUUGCGUUCCCGGCUGGAGAGCUGGCAGGACCCUGUGGCUGGGCUGGGAAUUGAGCUGUCAGCACCCUGCGUGGGAGGCCUGGGCCUGUGCCUGCGGCCAGCUCACGGCUGCUCCAGCCUGGGGUCCUCAGCCUGGCUGCUGCGGGGCCAGUACAAAUCCCACGGAUUUCGGGCCUGUA